AUGGGUGUCGACGAUCCGAUCGAGGAGGAGGUCCAUGAGCGUGGCGGCGAUGUCGAACAUGGCGAGAAGAAUGUCAAUUCGGUGCGGAGGGAUUUGCAGCGAAGACAUAUCAAUAUGAUCGCGAUUGCGGGAAUGAUCGGCACGGGUCUCUUCCUCGCAUCGGGACAAGCGAUCGCCACCGGCGGCCCCGUCGGAGCUCUCCUGGGAUACAUCGUGAUGGGCCUGAUCGCCUGGGCCAUCGCACUCAUGACGGGCGAGAUCUCGGCUUUCAUGCCCGUGACGGGAGGCUUUGUGCGGCAUGCGGCGCACUUGGUGCAGCCGGCGCUGGGCUGUGCGACGGGGUGGAAUUUCUGGUAUGCCAUGGCCGUCACGGCGCCGGCGGAGCUGAGCGCGGCGGCCACGCUGAUCCAGUUCUGGAACGCGUCCGUCAGUGCGGCGGUGUGGUUUUCGGUGUUGAUCGUGGUGAUUGUGGGGUUGAAUUUUUCGCCGGUGAGGGUGUAUGGGGAGAGCGAGGUGGUGUUCGCGGCGUUGAAGAUUUUGUUGAUUGUCGGGUUGAUUGUUGCGGGUGUGGUGGUUGAUGUGGGGGGUGGGCCGCGGGGCGAUCGCAUUGGGUUCCGGUACUAUCGGUCUCCGGGGCCUUUUGUAGAACACCUGGUUUCUGGCAGCACGGGAAGGUUCUUGGGCUUCUGGUCGACGCUUCUUUCGGCGGCGUACAGCUAUGCGAAUGUUCAGGUCGUGGCACUCGCCGGCGCCGAGACUCGCAAUCCGAGGCAGAUUAUCCCCAACGCGGUGCGUCUGACGUUCUGGCGAGUGAUGGUCUUCUACGUUGUUUCCAUCUUCGUGGUGGGUCUGCUCGUGCCAUACGAUGAUCCGAAUCUGGGUGUCUCUACGGGAACCGCACAGCAGAGUCCAUUUGUCAUUGCCUUCCAGCGAGCCGGGAUCAAAGUGCUGCCGAGCAUUAUCAAUGCCGUGGUCUGUACCUCUGCCUUCAGUUGUGGGAGCGCUUGCAUAUUCCUCGCGUCCCGUACAUUGUAUGGACUCGCUGAAGAAGGCCAAGCGCCGAGGUGCUUCCUGAAAACGAACAGGUUCGGAACGCCGUAUAUGGCCGUGGCGGCGAGCUUGAUCUUCACGCCGUUGGUAUAUCUCGCGCUGGGUAGCAGCUCAAGCGUGGUCUUCGGAUGGUUUGUCAACAUUACCACCAUAGCCGGUCUGAUCGGCUGGCUCAUCAUUUGCGUGACUUACCUGCGAUUCUACUAUGGCAUGAAUGCUCAGGGAAUCAGUCGCGAUCGUCUGCCUUACAAGAGUCCACUGCAGCCAUAUCUGGGCUGGGCAGCGCUGUGCGCAUUGGUCCUGGUCAUCCUGUUCUCGGGAUAUAGCGUGUUCUUUCCGGGCCACUGGAGUGUAACGGCGUUCUUGACAUAUUACAUCGACAUUGCCAUCUUCAUCUUUUUAUGGGCAUGUGCUUUGCUCAUCUUUCGCGCGAAGCCCGUCUCCCUGCAUAACAUGGAUCUCUCGGAGAUCCACCUUAUUGAGCGCGAAAGGGAAGAUGAGAAGCAAGCCGCAGGAAUGCACUCUGUACCUCAACUUUCGUCCUGGUGGCGGAAAUGGCUGAUAUGA